UGCUGCUGCCAUUCGACUCCAGGUUUGAUGCGGCGAUGGAGUCCUCGGUGGCCAGCCUACUGUAGUCAGUCCUACGAGCUACUUUAGCUGACAACUUUUAGUUUCCUCCGCGCUUCUACCAGUCCGCCGACUUAUACAGAGGACAAAGUAGACAUUUUGCCACAGUUUCAUUCUAUUUUUACCCGUAAAACCAGGCCAGACUAGACCUAUCGCGCAGUAUCCCCACCACCUUUCGUGAUAUUUUUUUCCCCGAAGCCAAAUAUUGCUUGGAGGACUAAAAGAGAAAAGCAAAGCGCACUUUGCCGGAGGACGAGAAGAUGUAGAAGAGGGCAUGAAACGACUGAUAAUGAGGAGAAGCCCUGCAACUAACAGAUACACAGUGAGGAGUCCUGGUUGCGGAUUCAGGCUGCUCGGUCAUCGAGCUGAGGGGGUGAAUUUUUGGGAGAAGUCGUGUGAAGCACAAAGAGCGUAUUAAAGCCGACAAGUUGAAACCAUGCACACUGUGUACUGACAGGGGAGCGGCACCAGUGUUCCCGACUUGUUUUCUGCACGGACUUUCGCCACAAUACAAAGUUAGGCAAGUUUACCGUCUGCUGAAAUAAGGCUGUUGAAGUAUCUACACCCAGACAGUUAAAUGCGCCUUUAUAUUCACUCUCCACCGAUGUGUUUUCCUGCUGCAGUGUGAGCCUUUUCUGAACUGAAGUCCACUUUAAAUGCAGACUGCUCUGCGGUCAGUGGGAGCACAGCCGAGCUGACAGUGCCACUUGAUUUUUAAUUCGGUUCAUCUUUUGCCGUCCAGUACUAACACUAUGGAGCUGAUCUAUCAGAGGAUUGUGCUGCUGUGGUGCAUCUUCCUGGACUGGGUUCUUCUGGCUACUGCUGAGGAAGAGGUCCUGAUGAACACUAAGACUGAGACAUCUGAUCUCAAAUGGACGAUCUUCUCGCUUGCCAAACCCGAGUGGGAGGAAAUAAGCGGUUUAGACGAGGAGAACAACAGUGUGAGGACAUAUCAGAUAUGCCAAACCAACAGUUCAUCCAGCCAUUGGCUGCGCAGUGGCUUCAUCCAGCGUCAAGGAGCAUCUCAAGUUUACGUUGAACUGCGGUUCACCGUCAUGGAGUGUUCCUCCAGAAGCACGCACCAUCGCAGUUGCAAAGAGACCUUUAACCUCUACUACUACCAGGCAGACUCCAACGAGGCCACAGCCACUUACCCACCCUGGAUGGAGAACCCUUACACCAAGGUGGACACAGUGGCUGCGGACUUUCUACUGAGGAAGGGUGGAGAGCGGAAAUUUAAUGUGAAGACCUUAAGACUGGGCCCUCUUUCGAAGAGAGGCUUCUACUUGGCUUUUCAGGCUCAGGGUGCCUGCAUGGCCCUGCUGUCUGUCAGGGUGUUCUUCAAAAAGUGUCCUCCCCUGGUCAGUGCCCUGUCCGCUUUCCCCCAGACUGUUCCCCGUACCUUAGUACAAGAGGCUCAGGGUGUGUGUGUGGAGCAUGCCGCUCAGCAGGGGUCCCGACUUCGGCCGCCUAAGCUCUUCUGCGGGGAGGAUGGUCAGUGGGUGGGCCAGCCAACCACCUCUUGUGCAUGCAUACCGGGAUUUGAACCAGCUGAGGGGCACACUCGAUGCACAGCCUGUCCUGUGGGCCAGUAUAAGUCGAGCACAGAGGGGAUGUGCACAGGCUGCCCUGGAUUCAGCCACGCCACCAACAGGGGAGCGUCAGUUUGUGCGUGCCGCUCUGGGUACCUACGAGCCGAAUCAGACACUCCAGACACCCCGUGCACAAGAACUCCAUCUGCACCGCGCAACAUCAACCCCCUGUUCAACGACACCACACUGAUACUGGAGUGGAGUGAGCCUCUGGACAAUGGCGACAGAACAGACCUGAGUUACACCGUCAAGUGUUCUGUGUGUAGGUCACCCAAGGAAUGGUGCACCCCCUGUGGAGACAGCGUCAGCUACCGUCCGGCGCCGGAGGGCCUGCUGCGUUGCAGGGUGGAGGUAUGGGGCCUGCUGCCCCACACCACAUACACCUUCACUAUCCAGGCCCUCAAUGGGGUCUCUCUCCUCAGCUCCAAGGAACCAGCCAGUGAAAGCAUCAACUUGACCACGAACCAUUAUGUGCCAUCGCUGGUGUCUGUGAUUCGGAAGAGUGAGUCCACCGAGAGCAGUCUGACCCUGCACUGGUCAGUCCCAGCUCAGCCAGAAUACCCCAUCCUGCAUUAUGAGCUGCGCUACUGUGAGAAGGAUCGGCGUAGUAAGGAUCAGUGCCACGACAGAAUCAGUGAGAGAAACCAGGUUGUGCUGACAGACCUCCGUAGGGCUACCCAGUACGAAGUGCAGGUUCGCGCUCAAACCUCGGCUGGCUAUAGCAGCUUCAGUCCAGCAGCUAUCUUCCGCACACUGCCCGAUGGACAUGACUCUGCCUCCCAGUUCUUGGUACCUGGCAUCCUUAUCGCUGUUGGGAUGCUGCUACUUGUCACUUUCGUCUUUGUUGCCGCCUACUGCAUACGCCGACACAGUCGAAAAAAGGAUCCUGAGCUGAGUGACAAAAACAGCCAGUACCUCGUUGGCCAAGGGGUCAAGGUUUAUAUUGACCCUUUCACCUACGAGGACCCUAAUGAGGCGGUGCGAGAAUUUGCCAAGGAAAUCGAUGUUUCCUUUGUCAAGAUUGAAGAGGUUAUCGGUGCUGGCGAGUUUGGGGAGGUGUGUCGAGGACGGCUAAAGAUCCCAGGGAAAAAAGAAAACUACGUAGCAAUUAAGACUCUAAAAGGAGGCUACACUGAUAAGCAGAGACGUGACUUCCUCUCUGAGGCGUCCAUCAUGGGACAGUUCCAGCACCCCAACAUCAUUCACCUGGAGGGUAUCAUUACAGCCAGCUGUCCAGUCAUGAUCCUCACAGAGUUUAUGGAGAAUGGAGCUCUGGACUCUUUUCUUCGGCUGAAUGAUAGCCAAUUCACACCCAUCCAGCUGGUGGGUAUGCUGCGCGGCAUCGCCUCUGGCAUGAAGUACCUGGCAGAAAUGAGCUACGUCCACCGAGACCUGGCUGCUCGUAACAUCCUGAUCAACAGCAACCUGGUGUGCAAGGUGUCUGACUUUGGCUUGUCACGCUUUCUGCAGGAGAACUCCUCUGACCCGACCUACACCAGCUCUCUGGGAGGUAAGAUCCCAAUCCGCUGGACAGCACCCGAGGCCAUAGCCUUCAGAAAGUUUACCUCCGCCUCAGACGUGUGGAGCUAUGGCAUUGUCAUGUGGGAGGUCAUGUCUUUUGGAGAGCGACCCUAUUGGGACAUGAGCAACCAGGAUGUAAUCAAUGCCAUAGAGCAGGACUACCGGCUGCCCCCGCCGCCUGACUGCCCGACCCACCUGCACCAACUGAUGUUGGACUGCUGGCAGAAGGACCGGUCAGCACGUCCUCGCUUUGCGGAUCUUGUUAGUGCUCUGGACAAACUCAUCCGCAACCCUGCAUCGCUGAAAAUAGUGGCUCAAGAAGGAGCAGGGCCGUCCUACCCCCUGCUAGACCAGCGUGCACCUUUAGCCCUCUCACCAUGCGCAUCAGUCGGGGAAUGGUUGAGGGCCAUCAAGAUGGAGCGUUAUGAAGACAGCUUCCUUCAGGCUGGCUUCAACUCAGUGGAGCAGCUUGCCCAAAUAACCACACAGGAUCUUCUUCACAUGGGAGUGACUUUGGCCGGGCAUCAGAGGAAAAUCCUUUCCAGCAUCCAGACUAUGAUCUUUCGGAAAAAGAGUACUGCGACCAUGACUUUCUAGCUGACCCUGCCUCCAACCCUGGACGUGAACACCAGCACACAGGUGCAGCCAUGUACUGAAAGCACUCUGGAUCCUCUCCUCUGACCCACUUUGAACACGGACUCUGAGGGACAUUGGAAAAUUUAUGACCAGGAAAAGAAGAAAAAAAAGAUAAGGAUGACUGAUUAGAGAGUCGUCCUGAGACUGACAGGUUCCUGUUACACACAGUGACCAGGUGUUGAAGUCCUGCUGAGAGGCAGGUCAUUUUACUGUUUGUGGUCAGUGUUUUUACAUCUACUCAAGGUUGGGACUCAAAACAUGUGCGGCACACCAGAGUUUAUGUCAUUUCUGUAUAAUCAUAUCAUGAUCAAACUGUUUACUGGUGUGUUCCACCAAAUGAGACAAAAACAUAUGCCAGGCCAAGAUUUUUAGUUUUCAGAUUGAUGUGUAGUUAUGAAUGAGAUCUGCUUUUACCCAGGGCGUCUUGCAUUAAUCCAUCUGGAUUAAUGCAAGACGUAUUUCACAUCGAAACUGAACAUUUAUUUGUUUUGUUCCUCUCAUUUGAUUUCAGCAUUACCUCCUCUUUACUCAGGUGUGAUGUGUAACGUAAACUUUGGAGAGCGCUGUGCUUGCCCUAAUCAAACUCCUCUCAUCUUCUUCAGUCUGACUCUCCCCUCACCAGCUCAGCAACACGAGGACAAGAAAAAGCACAGAGACAUAUCAGCACUUUUAUCAUUUCAGAGUGAAUUGUAAUCAUCAGUAACUCCAUGUGUUUCUUGUGGAGUGUGCCUGGUUAUUACUGCUGCUGGUGAUUCUGCUGGCAGCUCAGUUUUAUUAUAGUCAGGCUGAACAAGGAUGAAGUGGACUCUAAGACCAGAGCAGACUGUAGAAUUGGGUUUCUUUGUAGACAUUUACCAAGACAAACAACUGGCCUCAAACUUGUUUUCCUUGAUAUAACUGAUACAUUUUUAAUUCACUUAUUCUGUAUUCUUCUUCCAGUGCCAUUCAUUUGUCUUUGUGGACUUGAAAGACAAUUUUAUAAAGCAGAAGUGUCUCAUGAGUGAUUUAGUCUCAUUUAAAUGUACCUUAAAGGGUUACUUUGACAUUUGAAGUGUAUUUGUUCCUACAUCAGAUGUUUGCUGUGUUGUGACCAGAAUGUUUCUGCUUUUGCCCCAGAGCGACACAGGAAUGAUUAUUUUAUUUUAUUUUUUUAACAUUUAUUAUGUAAAACAGUGCACAUCUACCAGCUAACAGGCUAGCUCGUGGCCAUUAGCAUGAGAUACCAGCAACACUGUUGAGCUGCUGUUUGAUGAACAAAUAAACACCAGUCAGAUUUUCAAGUUGAAUGUUUUAUUUUCCAUCAUCCAGUGCUGUUGAAAUAAUUGUGUUUUCCUCCAAACCGUACAAAAAUAUGUUUUAAACAUUAUACUCAGAAAACGAGCUGGGAAUAUCCACUGAUUUCAGGAUAUAUGUAAUGAUAAUGAGUAGUUUGAAUAGCAGGGCACUCUCCUAAACAUUUAAAUUUAGUACAUUAUUUUCCAUCUAGAGUUUCUGGUUGUGUAGUUUUGUUUCAUUUAGCUUAUAACACAAUGCAUUAGCCUUGCUAAUGGCUAACAGCAAUACUUUUGGCUAUUGACUAAAGGUUGUAGCCAACAGCAGUAUGGUGAGUAAAAGGUUUCUGCACAUCUGAUGCCAGUAAAUCACUUGUGCGUCUUCCAAAAAACAACACAAAAAAAGUUGUUUUUUUUUUCGUUGGUUUUCUUCUGUUUUAGCCUGAACCGUAUAAGAUGAUCAGCUCUCUGGUUUUGCACCAAAGCUACACAAAAAUGGUUUCUUGGUAUGGAAAGCUGUGCACAGCUGGUUUGCAAUAAGCAGAAUCCGUUGGUCUGAAAAAAUGGAAAAUGAUUCUCAAACAGCUAUUGAAACACAUUUAACAAUUGUUGUACUGCAUAUUAUCCCUUUCUGUAAAUUGUUCUACUCGUGCCAUUGGACACUUAAUUUUUUGUGUUUUAGCAUUUUUCGCAAUGAGAAGGGACCCUGUUGGAACCAAUUUUAGCUCACUGGGUCUUAACAUAUGCGAUAAAUUUGUCAAGUUCAGAAAGUGCAAUUAAUCUCUUGUGCAUUCAAAAUUAAUUGUAAUGUGAGGUUUGAGAUUCAGAUCUGGUUAAUGAAAACCAAAAGUUAGGUGCUGAUCAUGGCCUCACAUUGAAUCCUGAUGAUAAUAUGGCAAUGCUCAGAUAAAAUAGACCAAGUUUAUUCCAAACUGAUGGUGACGCCAUAGAAUGUACCUGGUGUCUUUUCUCAUGUAAAUUUAAACAUAAACAACAGGCCUUAGUCAGAAGCACCGGUAUUGUCAUGCAAGAGUCUGAGACAUUCCUGUAAAGAUUAUGAAAAAACGUGGUCUUCAUAUUGAAGAUCUCAAUAAAUGCGACUUAGAAGUAAUGAACAGAAAAUGUAUGUUUUGUUUACCAUUGUGUGUGUAGCCAAGUCAGUAUUCAUAAUAAAGAUACACACCACUAAA